AUGUCGUAUCGCCAGGUCAUCUACACCACCGCGCCCGCUCCGGCGAUCGAUCCCUCCCUCACAUCCGGCACUUUCCGCCUCAGGACUGUCCCACGCCCUCAAAAUGUGCCUGCCAACCGGGUGCUUGUGCGCGUGCACUAUCUCUCCCUCGACCCGGCUAUGCGCCAGUGGCUGACUGCUAAACGGUCGUACAUUGAGCCAGUUCAAAUUGGCGCUGUUAUGCGUGGACAGAGCAUCGCCCAGGUCGUCGAAGUGGGCAGCGACCUGCGCUCCAAGUUCAACGUCGGCGACUGGGUCACGAGUUAUUCGGGGUGGCAGGAGUAUGCGGUCCUCUCGGAAAAGGCCGUCGAGAAAGUCACCAUUCCACCCGGUGGUCGUCCCACCGACGCGCUGUCGGUGCUCGGCAUGACGGCCCUCACCGCAUACUUUGGCAUGAUCGAGGUCGCAAAGCCUCGCGAGGGCGACACGGUCGUCGUCUCCGGAGCCGCCGGUGCAACAGGUAUGGUUGCCGGUCAGAUCGCAAAGAUCAAAGGCGCAAAGCGUGUCAUUGGUCUGGCUGGCGGAAAGGACAAGUGCGAUUUCCUGGUCAAGGAGCUGGGCUUCGACGUGGCCAUCGACUACAAGGCUCCCGACUGGCGGAAACAGCUCAAGGAGGCGACCCCCGAGUACAUCGAUGUCUACUUUGACAAUGUCGGGGGCGAGAUUCUGGAUGCCUGUCUCGCUCGGGCCGCAAAGGACUCGCGGUUUGCGAUCUGCGGUGCCAUCAGUCAGUACAACGCUGCGAAGCCGCAGGGUCCGACUGCGUUCAUGAACGUCAUUUCGCAACGAAUCAUGUUGAAGGGCUUCAUUGUAUUUGAUUAUGCGGACAAAUACUCCGCUGCCCUCCAGGAGCUGGCCUCCUGGCUCGUUCAGGGGAAGCUCAAGCGCAAGGAGCACAUUGUAAAGGGCGGGCUGGAGUCGGCACCCCAGGCGCUCGUGGAUCUCUACGCCGGCGCCAACACGGGCAAGAUGAUGAUUGAGAUUGCUCCGGUGAGCGAGGCACUUGGAGUAAAGUCAAAGCUGUAA